AUGGACCAGAACUUUCCUCAAGACCUCAAGGGCCGAAAGAUUCUGCUGGCGACUGAGUCACUUGGCCCAAUCAACGGUGUCAGUAGGACUACAGGCAGUCUGAUCCAAUAUCUCCGCGACAAUGGAGCGCAGGUAGCUGUUGUGGCGCCCAAGUUCGCGGGACCAACAACAGUGACGAAUGCGAGAAACGAUCCGGAAGUUCGACUUGAUGGAUACCCUCUACCAUACAAUCCAGAUUUGACAGUCGCAUAUCCUCUCCGCCUCGACACUAUAUAUAGCAAGUCGUUUCACCCAGAUCUGAUAUAUCUGGCGAGUCCUGCAUCCGUGGGCUUCCAGCUUCUUCUACAGAUUCGACAAAUGGGUUCACCACCGCCUGUGAUGCUGAACUUUCAAACCGACCUUUCCGCAUACAGUGAGAUCAUAUUUCCCAAGCCGAUGGAUCAGUAUGCCGUAUGGUUACUAGCACUGGUACAAGGCUUCCUUUUCAGCCAUAGUGCCGUUCAUACCAUCUUUUAUCCGUCAGGAAUGGUCCGCGAAUAUCUCGAGAAAGCAGGCGCGCCGAUGAGUAAGACCUUCCACUUAGGAAGAGGCGUAGAUACGGCUUUAUUCCGACCAGAAGCGAGAGACAUGAACUUUCGCAAAACGAUUGCUCCUCAUGGCGAGAUCAUUUUGCUAUGUGUUGGGAGAAUAGCUCCAGAGAAAGGCUUCGGGUUUUUGGCUGAGGUCGUCCAGCGGUUGGAUGCUGCAGGAAGUCAUUUCAAGAUGGUCAUUACAGGUGGCAACCAGAAUCCCGCAGUGGAAGAAGAUGUGCAAAAAUUGUUCAAGAGUGUGGAGCACAGGGUUGUAUUCACAGGGUUCCGUAAGGGUGCAGCAUUGGCGUGCGUCUACGCUUCAGCUGAUUUGUUCCUGCAUUGUUCCAUCACCGAAACUUUUGGUCUGGUUGUUUUGGAAGCGAUGGCGAGUGGCUUGCCAGUGGUCGCACGGGAUCAAGGAGGGCCGUCUGAGAUUGUAGUUGAUGAGAAAUCUGGCCAUCUCAUUCGACCAGACGACGUUAGGAACUUCGUUGCGAAGACACAGAGACUUAUCCAGUCAUCUGAGCUCAGAAGACAAAUGUCGCAGACAGCGAGAUCGAUCGCGCUCAAUACUACUUGGCAAAAGAUCAACAACAAGGUUGCGCUGAAGAUUUCUGAAGCGCUCGCAGCCGCUGAAGCAGCAAAGAAGAAUCGACCCAUUCGCAACUGGAUUGCUGCGCGUCUCAGAUCCAUCAUCAUCGCUAUUCGCAUCAACAUGGCGAUCGGCUUGACAUACUUCAUGUGGGGAAUAGCUGUGCUGCCAUUGUUGAUUCAUGGCAGUAGCAGAUUCCCAGAUCGAUUCGUCGCGGCCAUGCUCCCGAACUUGCAGCCGAUCGGGAACUCACUGUCACAUACUUUAAGGACUGUUGGACUGUGA